CAGGGAGCUGAGCCGGAGCCAGCUGGAAGACAUGAAGAGCCUCUUGCUGCUGACCACACUCCUGGUACCUGUGCACCUGGCUAUGGCCUGGAGCGCCAAGUAUGCGGUGGAUUGCCCGGAACAGUGCGACAAUAGUGAGUGCAGAAGCAGCCUGCGUUGCAAGAGGACAGUGCUGGAUGACUGUGGCUGCUGUCAGGUGUGCGCUGCGGGGCCCGGAGAAACCUGCUACCGUACAGUCUCAGGCAUGGAUGGCGUCAAGUGCGGUCCGGGGCUGAAGUGUCACUUUUACAGUGAAGAGGACGAUUUUGGUGACGAGUUUGGUAUCUGCAAAGACUGUCCCUAUGGCACUUUUGGGAUGGAAUGCAAAGAGAUUUGCAAUUGCCAGUCGGGCAUCUGUGACAGGGUGACCGGGAGGUGUCUGGAAUUUCCCUUCUUCCAGUAUGCAGCAGCCAAGUCACCCAGCAGGACUGCUUCCUCUCACACAGAUCGUGAAGCAGCAUCUGGGGACGGCAAUGCUGGGAGGGAAGAGCUCGUUGAAGGGAAUGCUGCUCGGCCCUCUGUAAUGAAAUGGUUAAAUCCACGCUGAUCCUGGCUGGGGUGUGCCAAGAGAUGGCUCCACUUUAAUGACCAACGUUCAGCCAACAUUUUAAGAACUGUCUAGAGCAUAGACUAUGAACAUGUAAUUUAUGGAGAUCAAGUGUGAUUCAGAGUGGAUCCAGAAAAAAAAUGUAGGCUAUAUACAACCCAUAAAACACAUAUGACUGAACACUUUUUGUUAAAUAUUUAAAUGCAUAUAGAUCUGGUGUGUGUGUGUGUGUGUGUGUGUGUG